AUGAUCACGAGUACAUAUCACCCUGGAGAAAAAAUUGAGAAUGAGUUUUUGAAGGAAAAAAUUCGCUCCAAAAUUAACGAAAUGUUAAAAUGGAAAAGGAGAGGUUUCCCAGGUUGUAAUCCUGUAUCUUUAACAAAUCAUAAUAUAAAAAAUUUAUUUACGAAAGAGUAUUUAAUAUGUGAGAAGACGGAUGGAGUACGGUACUUUUUAUUUAUAGCAUCAAAUACAACAUUUUUGAUUGAUAGGAAUUAUGAAAUUUUUAAGAAUGAUAUGCAUAUACCUACCAUAGAAGAUUUAUCCAAAAAACAACAACUAACUUUAUUAGAUGGAGAAUUAGUUGAAGAUAUUAUAUAUAAUGAGAAGACUGGUGUAGAAGAAAAAAAAAUUGUGUAUUUGAUAUAUGAUGGUUUAUAUAUACAAAGAAAAGAUAUAACAAAUUUAUCUUAUUUUGAAAGAUUAACCAAUGUGUAUAAUUAUGUUAUAACACCUUUAAAAAAAUAUAAAAAGUCUCAAAAAAAUAAAAAAAACAAAAAUAAUUUACAAACUAAUCAUGAAAAUGAAUCUCUAUAUAUUGAACUUGAUGAAAAAGAUAAUAUUAAAAAAAGAAAAAGUAAUUUAAAUAAUAUGUUAACGGAGGAGGAAAAUGUAUUGAUAUCUCAUAAAAAAAAUGACCAUCCACAUAUUAAUAAUAAAAAUAUGAACGCUGUUAAUGUGAACGGUGUUGAUGUGAAUGGUGUUAAUAUAAAUCAAGACUUUAAUAAUCAUAAUGAAAACAAUAAUUUAUUGAUGAAUCAGGGAAUUCUUAUCGACGAAAAUAAUAAUGGGAUACAGAACAUUGGAACGAAUGAUAAUAUAAAUUCUUUAAAUAAUUGUAACUUACUUUUGUACAAACGUGAAGAACAUAGAGAAGAAAAAGAAUAUGAGGAAGAAGAAGAUGAACGUUCCUAUUCAUCUGAUGAUACUGCUUCAACAAUACAUGAGGAAGAAAUUCCUUUUGAAAUAUAUUUAAAAGAUUUUUAUCCAAUAGAAAAAAUAUGUGAACUUAUAAAAAUUAUGAAAAAGCUACCUCAUUAUUCUGAUGGUAUUAUAUUUACACCUUUACAUUCUCCUUAUAUAACAGGUAAUUUUUAUCAACUCCUAAAAUGGAAACCUCUAAAUUUAAAUACAGUCGAUUUUGGUAUAGAAACUAUAUACGAUGAAUAUAAUAUUCCUAGUAAAUUUGAACUCUUUAUAUCCAUAAACGGAGUAAGGACAUCUUAUAAAUGUUAUCUUGCUGAAUAUGGAGAUGUCUACAAAGAAUUGUUACAAUUAGCUAUUUCUAAUAAAAUAUCACAUUACAUUAUUGAGUGCUAUUAUGUUUCCAAAAAUAUCUUCUCAAUUUGUAAAGGUGAAAAUGGUAGAGAACAAAAAGUAGAAGGCGGAUGGAUAGCUCAAAAAAUAAGAUUCGAUAAAAAUAUUCCAAAUGAUAUAUCAACACUAAAUAAAGUUAUACAAAGUAUACUGGAUAACAUUACUAUAGAUUCAUUAAUCAAAGAAAUAUCCAGAAAUAGAAAAGCAAAGUAA